AUGGAAGAAAUUUUGAUUGCGCUCAAAGAAAUAAAGAAAGACCUGGACGAGCAGAGACAAGAAAUCCGAGCAACUGGAAUUAAUGUUACGGAUAAAGUAUCAAAAAAUGUAAACAAAAUGCUCGAAGAAAAAUUCCUAGUAUGGGAAAAAAAGUAUGAAAACUUGAAAAAAAUAACGGAAAACCAAGAAAAGAGAAUCUAUUUUCUAGAAAAAGAGGCAAGAAAAAGAAAUAUAGUAUUUUUUGGCAUCGAAGAGUCAGAAAAAUCGUAUGAAAAUCUAGAAAAUACUGUUAUUAAUUGGAUAAGCCAAUAUCUUAAUAUCCAGCUAAAGCACUGCGACAUACAAGAAGUCAGGAGAGUGGGAAAGAAAGAGGAACGACCACGCCCUAUAGUAGUGACCUUCACAACACUAGGUACUAAAAUUAAAAGCUGGAAACGAAGAAAUACACUAAAAGAUACCUAUUUCUACAUGAAAGAAGAUUACCCGAAGUACGUGCUAGAAAAGAGGAAGGGCUUACAAGAGCAGCUACGUAUAGAAAGAGAGAAGGGAAAUACAGCGUUAUUGAAGUAUGAUAAAUUGAUCAUCCUGCCCAAAACCAAUACGAAAAGAAAAUUACCCACCUCACCAAACAGCGGCACAACUUCAAAAGUAAACGAGACCUCACAAAUAAACAAGAAGAACAAGAUUCAAAAACCUGGUACCCCCGUGAUAAGAUCCAACAGCAUCUCCGAGGGAGUUGUUAAACCAGGCAUGCUGAACUUCUUGGUGAAUAAAAACACCAUAACGGCUAGUAAUCAUAAUCCAGGAAAAUCAACAUAG